ACCUCUCUCUUUCACUUCCAAACCCAAAAAAAAUAAAAUAUGUUUGUUUCUUUCAUCAAAAAUAGCUUCAAAUUAGCCCAUAAAUAUCCUAUUUCAUGUCAUCAACUUCAACAUUCCAAAAUGAUGUAUUCACAAAUUAGUAAGACAAGUAGAGAGCAAAUGUCAAAAUGUAGGCAUUUCUCAUCAUCUGUUGGAGCUUCUUGUGGCAACAAAGUUGGAUUCAUUGGGUGGUAUUUACAAAUGCUCGACUCUCGUCCCAUCCUCACCAAGACAAUCACUUGUACUCUUAUUGUCACCGCUGCUGAUCUGACAGCACAGACAAUUGUAGCUGGUUCAUUUUCAGGGCAAUAUGAUCUAAUACGAACAAUGAGGGUAGCUGGUUUUGCAAUGGUAAUUUUAGGGCCUUCACUUCAUGUCUGGUACAACUCACUCUCACUAUUCCUUCCAAAGCGCGACGUUGUUUCAACGUUGAAAAAGAUAGCAUUAGGACAGAUACUAUAUGGACCUACCAUGAAUGCUAUCUUCUUUUCCAUCAACGCCGCAGCACAAGGUGAAAGUAGUUCAGAAAUUGUGGCAAGAUUGAAACGUGACUUGGUUCCUACUGCUGUUAAUGGUCUAAUAUACUGGCCUAUAUGUGAUUUUAUCACAUUCAAAUUUGUACCUGUUCAUUUACAGCCACUUGUGGUCAACACAUUUUCUUAUGUGUGGAAUAUCUACCUGACGUACAUUGCAAGUCAACAGAAAGUAGCAGCUUCAGCAUAAUUGUAAUUUGCAUUAGCUUUUUUUCCUGGGAAAAAGGACAAAUACAUCCUAAACUAUCGUAAAUGAUACGCAUAUAUCCUCCGUCAUACUCUUGGGAUAUUGGUGCCCCGCGUCUAUAAAGUAGAGCGUAUAUACUCUCUAUACUAACGGUGUUAUACAUGUCAUAUUCUUAUUCACCGAUCUGACAUCAGAUCGAUAGAUAAGAUUGUGUCACCCGUCCCUAUUUAGUCUUCUGUUAGAGUGAAGGGCAUAUAUGCUUUAGUUUUUGGACGGCAAAGGCACCAAUAUCCAAAAAGUAUGACAGAGGGUAUAUAUCUACAUACUAUUUACGAUAGUCCGAACGUAUAUUUAUUCUUUUUCUCUCUCUUUUUUUUUUAUUUUCUAAUAAUAAUAAUUUUGCAUUACAUGUGGUAGGUUCUUAAUUUCUUGUAAACCAGUGUUAUUAUCUAAAUUACAAAUUCUAGUCAGUUUCUAUCCAAAUGCACAUGCAAGUACAAGCGGUCAUACAAAUUAUAUAGGAUGUAAGUUCAGAUAUUAUACUCACAACGACUUGUAAGAUUGAUCGUCUAAUUUGAAUUAUUUUGGGAAUUAUGUUUAA